CGUCGAUUGAAUGCGACUCACGUUUCGAAGCGAGUGCUUCCGUAGUAUAUAGCGCCCCACAAGUUUUCCUAGCGCCGUAAUACUGUUGUGAUUUUCGCCAGCGAUAAUACUGUGCUUCUGUUAUCACGCUGCAAAAUUAUUCAUAGUUUUUGAUUUACAAUGUUGAAAUACGUAAUUUUCUUCAGUAUGUUGUGCUCUCUCGUUGCGGCAGAAGCACCAGUUCAAACCAUAAAGCCAACAAAUGUGUUAGGCAAUUCGGAGCCACACACCUCUUUCAGUUUUAUCAGGCCAGGUUUAACUCAAACGUCGUUUGCAUUCAGUGGACCGAGUUCUCAUCAGUCAUUCUCCUCCAGCAUCGGCAAUCCUCAGUUAGCGCAAAGGGUUCUACCGAGUCUGGCGCAGAUUCUUGCUUAUAGAAAUCCCAGCCUAGGAUAUUAUCCAGUUGCUUCUAGUGCAAAUGGCUACGGAGUCGCUCAGGCAUUUGCAACGACACCAGCAACUAGCCCUUUAACUUAUCAAGCCUCUGUAGAUCCUGCGUUUGCAUAUGCGCAACAAUUGCAACAACAGCAACAGCAAGCUUACUUAUAUGGAUAUCAACCAAAUGCUGCUUAUCAGGCGCAAUUAACGCAACUGCUUGCGCUCAGGCAAGCGCAAGCACAAGCUCAACAAGAGCAGUUGCAAACAAUAAGCUCACAACAGGUGCCAGAACUGGAUAAUCAGCUGCAGCAGCAAGAGCAACAACCUGAACGACCGUCGCAGAAUUUACUGGGUGUUGCUUACUCAUCUGCACCAUCAGUAGCGCAUGUGAAAGUUUCUGGGAAUGGAUAUAAAUUCAAUUUUUAAUCCUAAAUAUCAUCAUGAACAUUAUUACAGUGUAUAUAAUUCUUGCUGCGUAGCAGGAAUAAUUUUUACUUACACAUGUUUUUAUAUAAAACAUAUGUAAUAUGCAAAUACAUUUUACAUAGACACACACUUAUUUAUUA